AUGGCUUUCAGCUUUGGCAAUUCAGGAAACACUAUGCUCGGGAGUACGGCAGGAGCAGGAGGACUGACUACAGGCCCUGAUCUGGAGACGAUUCAGACAGAGGAUCUCGGUUUUCUCUCUAUCGCUGGCGACGCCAAGGUUCGCCUUACAUCCGCGUGGCCAUCUCUUCCAUCUUCUACCGCGUCGCUUCUCAGCGUCGCUUCGCGCAAAGGUCUUGUCGCUGCUGCUGGACCCGACCAAGUUGUCAUCGCCACAACCGAAUCGGUGCGAAAAGCCUUCGAAAAGCCCAAAGAUGGCGACUCAGAUAUUCGCGAGUUCGAGCCUCAGCUCAAGAUCCCUAUGCCGAUGCGAGUUUCGCAAUUAUCAUUUACUGCGGAUGAAAACUAUUUAAUCCUUUCCGCCGAAUCUGGCGGCGGCUUGGCUGUCUAUGAGGUCCAGAGUCUAUUAUCGGGAUCAACAAACUCGGCUUUCGAGCUGUCAACAAACGGUGAAACCUUGAGAGCUAUGAUCCCGAACCCUACAUCUGAGAAGGCGGAGCUUUGCGCUAUCGUUACGAAUAACGGGAAUCUUCACAUGGCAAACCUGAAAGAACGACAAAUUAGCAGCGUUCUUAAAAACCAAGUCAGCUGUGUCAGCUGGAGCUCCAAAGGCAAGCAGCUAUGCGCCGGUCUGGGUGAUGGCACAAUUUUCCAGAUGACCCCAGAAGGAGAAGGGAAAGGAGAAAUACCUAAGCCGCCGAGCGUAGGUGACUUUCAUGGUAUGUAG